CCGACCUUGUUGUACAUACGUCUGAAAUCAUACCCUAUUCACUAGAUAGUGCACUAUUGGGGAGUUUUUUCAAUUUAGAUUCACGCAUAAAAACACUGUGGGGGAUAUCUGGUCAAUUCCUGAAAUUCCACAAUGCACUAUAAUAGGUUAGAGUCCAAACGAUAAACCUUCGAGGGUAAAUAACACUGUAAUGCACUUUAGGGAAUAGGGAGCAGGGCGCCACUUUGGAAGAAGAAUGUUAAUUAUUUACUCCUACCCAACGUCUGCAAGCAUAUAGCCUAGUGCUUUCUCUGUGCCCUUGGCGUCAGGUUUGAAAGCUUAAGUUUAAAACAUUUGAAAGCGCAAGUAAUUUUAAACGUGUUAUAUUAUACCCAAAGACCCACUUAGCCUAGUCAGAAUUCUGCUAACCGACAGCUCUAACGUCACAUACUACCACCUGACUGUUAAAAUACUUAAGAUAUGACAAGUGUUCAGAUGAGUGCUAAGGAUGAGAUGGUUGAACAGUUCCUGGAUUGUGCUUCCAGAGGUGACUUGGCCAAAGUUUCUACUAUGAUCUCUCACUCCAGUCAACUGCUCAAUGAAAGUGGGAGACAAGGAUGGACAGCCUUAAUGUUGGCUGCAAGAAACGGACACUUUGAUGUGGUAAAAGCGUUACUUUUAAAUGGGUGUAAUAAAGACUUGGUGAAUAAGUCAGGCCAAACUGCUCAUGGCAUAGCAAAAUUCUGGGGACACAGACACAUUGCCCGUUUCUUAGCUAGCAGUGGGGAUGUCGCACAUCAUGGGAUUCUACCAAGCAAUAAAUUGACAGACAUUGAAACAUACUUCAGUAGAGAAUAUCUCAACAGAAUGAGUGAUAAAAGGACUGACUCGGAAUGGCUUUCAGCUAAACAGUCCUCUUCAGAAACAGUGUUCAUUGUGUUUCAUAACUUAGACCCUUUUGUUACAGCAGAGCCAGAGGAUAUUCGACCUAAGUUAAAACUGUACAGGUUUGGAAGGGACUCCGUGAAAGAGGUACUCCAUCAGAGUGACACGAUGGUUAUUUUUCUGGGAGUAGAAAAGCAGGAAUGUUCACCUUCUUCACCAGGAUCAAAUGAAGAUGGACUGAUUGCAUGGUUUGCUCUAAAUACCAAGAAGAAUCCAACAGAAAGUCUUAAGGUCACAGGUUCAGACAGCUUCUUCCUUUCAGGGCCAAUGCCAAGGCUCCUAAUGCUAAAUGAAGACGAAGCAGGUAUUGUUGCACAAGCCAGGUCUGUCCUUGCAUGGCACAGCCGGUACAGUUUCUGCCCAACCUGUGGUGGUAAGACCAAAGUGGAUGAAGGAGGUUACAAAAGAACCUGCUUGACAGAGGGCUGCAGGAGUCUUCACGGAAUCCACAAUACCUGUUACCCUAGAGUUGAUCCUGUUGUGAUCAUGCUGGUCCUUCACCCAGAUGGGAAUCAGUGCCUCCUAGGAAGAAAGAAGGCAUUUCCUCCAGGAAUGUUUUCAUGUCUUGCUGGGUUCAUAGAACCAGGUGAGACCAUUGAAAAUGCAGUAAGGAGAGAAGUUUUAGAAGAGAGUGGAGUUACUGUUGGCCCUGUCCAAUAUGUCUCCUGCCAGCCAUGGCCAAUGCCGUCAUCGCUCAUGAUUGGUUGCUUUGCAGUAGCAAUGUCUACAGACAUAAAGGUUGAUGAAAUUGAAAUUGAAGAUGCUCGCUGGUUCACAAGGCAAGAGGUAACAGAUGCUCUUGUGAAGGGUAACCAAGCAGUUUUUUUCAUGCCUCCAAGACAAGCUAUUGCCCAUUAUCUUGUGAAACACUGGAUUGGUAUAAACGCAAACCUUUGAAUUGAAUGUUACUAGGGUGUAAUAGCAUGAUUGUGUUUUCAUAAUUUGCCAUGUGUUUGGAUGAUAUGAGGGAGUGAGAUGAGAAACAAAAGUGUAUCUUAUACCAAAAAUCUUAUACCAAAACUCUUAAACUAAUAUAAUUAUUAUGAAUAAAUUGUGAUAUUGCUAAUA